AUGAGACAAGGAUCAUCAUGCUCUGAACAAGUCUGCUUCGACUUGUUGAAUCAGUUCGAGCAUAUUCUUGAAUCUGACCCUCUCAUUGAUGAAGUUGGGUUUAUUCACCCGUCACAGUUCAUGGUGCUGGAUAAAGAAGCAGGAUCCUCCACGUCAACAAGUUUUUGGAAUCAAGAUCAUAAACUGGGAAUAUCAACAGAUAUACUUAUCCAGUUAUGUAAAGAUGCAAAACAUGCCUUCCUGUCUGCCUUUAAGGAGUACAAAUCUCAUGUGGGGGUCUGUUGUUCCCUUGCGAGCAAAGUCAUGAAACAUAGCCAAGCUCUGUUGCUCUUAAGCUCAGACUUUGGAACUGCAUGGAACGCCAGGAAGUUGAUCUUGUCGAAACAAGAUCAACCCUUGGAGGCAUUCACGGAAGAACUUUGUCUUUCUAGGCUCGUUCUUUCUAAUUGUCCAAAGAGUGAGCCAACAUGGAGUCACAGAAGAUGGAUACUUAAGAUGAUUUCUCGGAGUUUUUCCUCACCACAACUCCAAGAGAUUAUCAACAAAGAGUCUGAGCUAGUGGAAUCAAUAGGCGAGGUUUAUAGAUCAGUUUUGUGCUUUAUAUAUAAUGAAGAGAUCAAAGAUGAACUAUCGUGCAUGGUAUCACCGUUGCUGGUUGGUUUCCUACAUGACAACCGAGCAGGUACUACAAGAGUUGCAUAA